GGGCUUUAUUAGUGCUGCCUGGCUGAAGAGUUCUAGUACAAUGACCUAAGGCAGCAAGGGAGCUGUGUGAAAACGUGUUAUACAUUGCCUUGCUUAUAUCAGAUAUGAAUUAUGCACGCUUUAUCACUGCAGUGAGUGCUGCUAGAAAGGUGUCUCCUAUAAGAGCAAUGACUGAUCUUCUGAUGAGGUCUCCUCCAUCUGUCAUAUCACUGGCAGGGGGCUCCCCUAACCCAGACACAUUCCCAUUUAAAUCUGCCAGUCUGACUUUAACUGAUGGAUCCACUUUAGAAAUUAAAGAGAGCAUGAUGAAAAGAGCUCUUCAGUACUCUGCUUCACCGGGAAUAUCUGAACUAAUUUCCUGGCUAAAAGAUUUGCAGAAAAACCUGCACAAUCCACCAACAAUGACCUACAGUCCCGAAAAAGGACAAAUGGAACUGUGUAUCACUACUGGCAGUCAGGAUGGACUAUCUAAAGUAUUUGAAAUGCUUAUAAAUCCUGGUGAUAAUGUUUUGUUGGAUUCCCCCACGUAUGCAGGAACCCUUACAGCGUUGAAACCAUUGGGCUGUAAUCUCAUUGGUCUACCCACAGAUCAGCAUGGUAUUAUUCCUCAGGCACUGAAAGACAUCCUUUCAAGAUGGCAACCAAUUGAUGCAGCCAAGCCUGAAAGAAGCUGUCCGAAAAUUCUUUACACUAUUCCAAAUGGUGGCAAUCCAACUGGAGCUUCGCUGACGACUGAACGCAAAGAAGAAAUCUACCAACUUGCACAACAGUAUGAUUUACUUAUUAUCGAGGAUGAUCCUUAUUACUUUCUUCAGUUCAAUAAGCCUUGGACUCCGUCUUUCCUCUCCAUGGAUGUUGAUGGUCGUGUUAUUAGGGCUGACUCCAUGUCAAAAAUUCUUUCGUCUGGACUACGCCUCGGUUUUCUAACUGGUCCAAAACCCCUUAUUGACAGAAUUGUUCUGCACAUUCAGUCUUCCACACUUCACACAAGCACUUUCACUCAGAUUAUGGCACUGCAGUUACUACAGAAGUGGGGUCAAGAAGGCUUCUUGAAACAUAUCGAUAGUGUAAUACACUUCUAUAAAACACAAAGAGAUGCAAUGAUUGGUUCUGCAGAGAAGUGGCUGUCAGGUUUGGCCGAGUGGCAUAGUCCGUCUGCUGGGAUGUUCCUAUGGAUGAAGAUUAAUGGAAUUUCAGAUACCCAUCAGCUGAUUAUGUUGAAAGCAAUUAGCAAUGAGGUUCUCCUGGUUCCUGGCUCAGCGUUUAACUUAGACAGCGAGGAGCCCAGUUCAUAUGUGAGAGCCUCGUACUCGCUGUCCUCGCCAGAAAAGAUAGAUCAGGGGUUGCAGAGACUUGCAUCACUCAUCAUUGAAGAAAGGAAAUUAUCAAAACAUUAGUAUUUUUACUCAUAUUGUGUAAUAAUGUUGUUGGAGCUGACUCUUUAUAUCACGAUGUUAAACAAGCCUGGGGAACAAGAAAAUACAUUUGAAUGGAUAUUCUAAGCACCAAAACUGCUACAGUGUCACAGACACCUUAACUAGUGGUGCCCCCCAUUGUAAGUGGUAAAAACAUUUUAGAACGGUUUAACUUCAUACCUGGAGUACGCCAGACGUCACUCCCUGUUUCUACUACCAACAAUGAAGCUCUAAGGAACGUCCAGUGACUGUCUCCAAUUUUGACUGUAUAAACCUUUUUUGUAUAAAUCUCUGAUUAAAAUUUUUUUGUGUGAUUUUAAGAAACUCCAAGUAAUGAAAUCUGUUUUACAACAAA